AUGAGAGCAAGAUCGACCGGAAACUCGCUCAACUCGAGUCUUUCAACUUGAACCUUGCUGCUAUCAGACUCGAAGCCCCACUGCUACUUUGCACGCUUCACACGGCAUGGCCCCUUUGGUAUCUGCCGUGGCCGGCCUGGCCAUACUUGCGUCUGUGGCCAUGGCCCAGAUGACUUCUGAUGAUAUGGGCCCCGCCGCCUUCAUGUGGCCAAAGGACCGUGUCUGGUCCGCGGCGCUUGACAACACUGCGCCUUGCGGUUCCAUCGCCGGUGCCAGCAACCGCACACUGUUCCCCAUGCAGAACGGCCGCCUUGCCCUGGUUGCACAGAAUGAGUCCUUUGAUGCCAUCAUCAGCAUCUCCUACCUGCAAGACCCCAAGUCCAAUGGCGACUUCGCCACCCUCAUUGACGCCAAGGCGAUGCGCGAGCUCGACAAGGGCCAUACCUGCGUGCCCAUCGUAGAUCCGCCCUCGUCGGUCAAGGCAGGGUCUAAUGCCACUCUGCAGAUCAAGUACAUCUCCGAGUUUGACAAGCCCGAGAACGAGACCUUUUACGCCUGCGCCGACAUUACCUACGUCGCCCUGUCUGAUUUCAAAGACAGCAUCCCGUGCUUCAAUGCGACGAUCCCUGACACCGGCAAGGGCAGCAAGAGCUCGCCCACGGCGAGCCCCAAGCCCAGCUCCGGCACGCCGUCGUCGGGUGGCGGCAGCUCGGGUCUCUCGGGUGGCGCCAUCGCCGGCAUCGUCGUAGGCGUCAUCGCGGGCGUGGGACUGCUAGGGGCAGCGGCUAUUUUCUGGUACAGGCGGAGGCAGCAGCAGAAGAGAGUCUUGAGGCAGCAGAACUCAUCUCGCGCGGUGAAGUGGGACGAGCAGCCGCGCGACUCCAACUCGCAACGUAGUGUGAGGAUGCAGAAUAUGUCACGUUAA